AUUUCUUGAGAGGAUCAGGUAAGAAGGGAAGAAUAAUGACUUUAGCUUUGCAUCUGUUGACCUUGAAGAACCUGGUGUAGGACAUCUAGAUGAAGAUAAUCAGCAGGAGAUAGAAAAAUGGAAAUGGAAUUCAGGAGAGAGAUGCAGGCUUUACCUCAUCACUGAGUAAAACCAGUUAAAUACUUGUAGUGAUUCAGGUGUAAACUGAUAUGUUUAAUUAUCGAGGCCUUUUGUCAUUGGCACAGAUUUGGGCCUAUUCCCUGGUGGAUUCCAGUCAAGUGUCUACGUUUCUGAUUUCCAUUCUUCUUAUAGUCUAUGGUAGCUUCAGGUCUCUUAAUAUGGACUUUGAAAAUCAAGAUAAAGAGAAAGACAAUAGCAGUUCUUCUGGGUCUUUCAAUGGCAACAGCACCAAUAAUAGCAUCCAAACAAUUGACUCCACCCAGGCUCUGUUCCUUCCAAUCGGAGCAUCUGUCUCUCUUCUAGUAAUGUUCUUCUUCUUUGACUCAGUUCAAGUUGUUUUUACAAUAUGUACAGCAGUUCUUGCAACAAUAGCUUUUGCUUUUCUUCUCCUCCCGAUGUGCCAGUAUUUAACAAGACCCUGUUCACCUCAGAACAAGAUCUCCUUUGGUUGCUGUGGGCGUUUCACUGCUGCUGAAUUACUGUCAUUCUCUCUGUCUGUCAUGCUCGUCCUCAUCUGGGUUCUCACUGGCCACUGGCUUCUCAUGGACGCACUGGCCAUGGGUCUCUGUGUUGCCAUGAUCGCCUUCGUUCGCCUGCCAAGCCUCAAGGUUUCCUGCCUGCUUCUCUCAGGGCUUCUCAUCUAUGACGUCUUUUGGGUAUUUUUCUCAGCCUAUAUCUUCAAUAGCAAUGUCAUGGUGAAGGUGGCCACGCAGCCUGCUGACAAUCCCCUCGAUGUUCUGUCCCGGAAGCUCCACCUGGGGCCCAAUGUUGGGCGUGAUGUUCCUCGCCUGUCUCUGCCUGGAAAACUGGUCUUCCCAAGCUCCACCGGCAGCCACUUCUCCAUGUUGGGCAUUGGAGAUAUUGUGAUGCCCGGUCUCCUACUGUGCUUUGUCCUCCGCUAUGACAACUACAAAAAACAAGCCAGUGGGGACUCCUGUGGUGCCUCUGGACCCGCCAACAUUUCUGGGCGCAUGCAGAAGGUCUCCUACUUUCACUGCACCCUCAUCGGAUACUUCGUUGGUCUGCUCACUGCUACUGUGGCGUCUCGCAUUCACCGGGCUGCCCAGCCCGCCCUCCUCUAUUUGGUGCCAUUUACCUUAUUGCCACUCCUCACGAUGGCCUAUUUAAAGGGUGACCUCCGGCGGAUGUGGUCUGAGCCAUUCCACUCCAAGACCAGCAGCUCCCGAUUCCUGGAAGUAUGAUAGAUCACAUAGACAUGACCAGAAUGGCCAUCAUAGUCCUUUUCUCUCAACUCGUGGUUUUGUUUCCUCUUAGAGCUGGGCUGGUACUCAGAGAUGUACCUAUUUAAGGAACUGCUGUGUGACUGGAUUUUGCAUUUAAAGGGAGCUUGUUGACUGGAGAGAGGCGCUGGAGCCCUGUGUGGGUCCUUCUCUCCCUGCAGCUGUAGAGAUGGAGCCUCUUCCAGAGGGACAGACCUCCCCCCAGCACUCCUUCCUCCCCCGUUUUUAUGGAUCUGCACCAGACUGUUACCUUGUGGGGGAGAUGGAGAUUUGACUGUUUAAAAACUGAAAACAGCAAGAAUUCAUUCUAGAACUUUUGAACACUAAAAGGAUGAAAAAUAUUAGCAAACCGAAGUUUCUUCAAUGAACCCUCAAGAACUUUGGGACCAGUUUCCUAUGGGGGACUCAGUUUCAGAGAACUGAGACAGAAGCUCUUCUGUCGUUAUAUUCUUCUUUCCUUUUUUUGGAUUUAUUAAAUAUUUUCUGUGGUGUGAAGUGACUUAUUAAAUCCACAGACAUUGAGUGACUUCUUACAACAUCCGCAUAAGAAUUUGUUGUAAUGAGUUUAUGUCCACUCAAAUGUUGUGUUGGCAGUGAACAAGGGCACGGUUUUUAUACAUAUAUAUAUAUACACAUAGAUAUAUAUAAAUAAACAAAAAUUAAAACCUGCUAAGAUCACGCUGUGUAGCAGACAGGGGCUUGCUGUCGUUUUGAGCAUGUCGAGCAGUUUACUGUGGCUUCCUUGUAUAUGGAUAAGCUGCUGUCUUUCCCCUUCACAAUUGACCCUGCAGUUACAAACCAGUAUAGCGUAUGUGCUGAUAUACUCAUGGACUGUAGGAGACUCCUACUUGGUUUUGAUCAGUGUAGCAAAUUAGGGAUGAAAAGUUAAAACCUUUUGGCCCUUUUUUUUCUUUUUACAGGCUUCUCCUUUGCAGGGUUUUUAGUAGUUUCUUCUUGAACCAGUGCAUGUAUUAUAGCAGCAGGUGUCUUUGUGCUUUCUGAUCAUAGUAAUGUACUACUUGUAAAUACAUUUUUCUAUUUUCUAUUUUUUUGUAUUUUUUUUUUUUGACAUUUUGUUUCAUUGGUGUGCUGUAUUUUCCAUACCCUCAUUCCUUAAAAAAAAAAAAAAAGGAAAAAAAGCAACACAGUUCUGUCCUUGCUGUUGUGAUUAUAGUCUUGGUUUACCUGUGGUGACAACUGGGUACUGGGGACUCAAGUGCCCCUCUGAGACAGGCCCUGAAUUCCAGGAACUGAGGAGAGAACAGGCUGCACUGUCCCCUUAGAACCAGACCCUGUGCUGUGGUCUUUGCUGGAGAACCCCGAGUUCUGGUAGUAACUAGUAAUGUCUGCUUGCCUUUAUCUGAGCAGCUGCAGCCUGACAAGAAACUGCCCAUUUUUCAGAGGCAGAGAGAAGCCUGGAGUUGGCCUGAGGAUAUCUGACAGCAGAGGUCAGAUAAGGAUCCUUGUGUCCUGGUUUCCCACUUCAGGCCACUGCCUCAGUGGCCUGCCCCUGUCUUGACUUGUGUAAUGAACUGGUGUGCUGUUGUCUCCAUGGCUUGAAGUCACUGUGGAUAGAGCUCCUGCGGGGUGCUCAUCGUGUUGUCAACCAAGCCUGAAGCGAUCAGGGUGUUGGAUUCCUCUGUUGUUGUCGUCUUCCAAUUCUGCCGAAGGGUGUUUUGGGUUUUGUUUCUAAUAAAUGACUUCUUUGUA